ACGCACUCCUCUCUCUAUAUAAACCCCCUCUCGCCUUCUGCUCUCCUUCUCCCAUCACUAGCUUGGACCUGGCGGCGCGUCGUUUCUCCAUCUCCUCACGUCUCGUCUGUGAUUCUGCUUGCACCUCAAAUGUCUUUUGACAUCAGAAAGGAUUACCCUUGGAUUCUUUGGUGUGGCUUUUGGUCCGAAUGCCGUAGUCGGUUGUGGUGUUCUCGUCGUGUAUUGUUUCGGCACUGGACUUGAUAGGAAUAAAGGUUUUGUCUGGGGACUGGAUUUGGUAGAUAUUCAAAGGGCUUGUGGGUUUUUGGGUUAGAAUUUUCCAGUUCCGAGUUUAAAGAGGUCGUGAUUGCAAUAAAUUUGAGGAUAUUUCUGAUAAGUGCAGAUAUAUUUUUUCCUUCUAUUGGACUAAGACCAAUUUUGGAUCUUAUUCUAGUAUCAUAGAAAAGAAAAUUCUUCAGCUAUGAUGGGCAAGACCUUGCUCCCACCGGGUUUCCGGUUUCACCCAACUGAUGUUGAACUUGUUCAGUACUACUUGAAGAGAAAGGUAACUGGGAAGUCUUUCCGUUUUGAGGCUAUUUCUGAAAUCGAGCUGUACAAAUUUGCUCCUUGGGAUCUUCCAGACAAAUCUUGUUUGCGUAGCAAAGAUCAAGAGUGGUAUUUCUUUUGCCCUCGAGAUAGAAAGUAUCCCAAUGGGUCUAAGACAAAGACAAAUCGUGCCACUGAUAUUGGUUACUGGAAGACCACUGGAAAGGAUAGACCUGUUAUCCAUAAGUCUCGCACUGUGGGGAUGAAAAAGACUCUGAUCUUCCAUGUAGGCAAGGCACCACGAGGCGAUAGGACUGAUUGGGUGAUGUACGAGUACAGGCUAGAGGACAAUGAAUUGCUUAAUGCUGGAUACUCACUAGAUGCAUAUGUUCUCUGCAAGAUCUUCCAAAAAAGUGGUCCAGGUCCUAAAAUUGGUGAACAGUAUGGUGCCCCGUUCAAUGAAGAGGAUUGGGAAGAUGAUACAAUUAUUGACAAUGCCAUUUCAUUUCCUUGUGCGCCUUUUCCCAAGCCACUGGAUGAUCAGCUUGUCUUGUUGGAGCCAAUUUGCCAACAAUCUGUAUUUACUGGUGUUUGUGAGGUGUCUUCUACUUCUGAUCUUCCCGAUGCUGAUGGAAUGUUAUUGGAUCACCUGCCAGAGUUCCUUAUUGGCUCUCCGCCCCAGUCAGAAAAUGCCAACAACAAGAUUUCUAGUUCAGCUGUUGUGGAUAAAAAUAUCAAUGAAGUCUGUGGUGUAGAAACAGGAAUAUAUGAUGAAUUGGAGGAUUUGUGUGCUCAGGGAGGAAUAAAUUACAACGUCAAUUACUCUGGCACCAUAAACAAUGAAUACGAGCUGCAGCCUGUGCUCACAGAACUUGGUUGUGAACAAUAUGUGGAGCUGAAUGAUAUUUAUUCUCUCUGGGAAGGUGAUCCCUCUGAGCUAGUGGUGCCGAGUGAUCUGUUUGCCCGGUAUCCACUUGUCCAAGAUCCCAGUUCCCCAAAUUUAAAUGACAUGCAUGUUCAGACCUUUUCCAUUAGUGUCACUACUGCCAUGAAUGAUCCUCUUCCUGUGGGAACUGGCAUGAUUAAUGAUCAAUCAGCAGUUUUUUUAGAGAUGGAAGAUUUUGGAAGAUCUGUGCCUGAGAUGAGUGCUCCUGUUUAUGAAGUGGAUGAUGAUGAAACUAUCUUGCAGGAAUUAGUAGCAGCUAUUCAGAUGAACUAAGUCAGGCACCAUGAUAAAUAUUAUAGCUGAUUAUGCUUAGCACAGAUGAGAAAACAGAUAUAAAAAGUAGCGAGGAGCUUAAAACAUACGGUUGAGAUGAUAACAAAGAGAAUUUCAGCUGAUGUCCUCAUCAGUCGAAAGCUAUGGUUGGUUCUCUUCAUCAUAUGCAGGAUCUGCAAGCUAUGGCUAUGGGAUCCAUCUUGGGUCGAUGCUGGUGGGUUCGUGGGUCCAGCUUGAUUGAUUCAGAGUUUCUCCAUGAUAGCUACAUUCUUCUUACCUACAUUUGUCAGAAUUCCUAAAGAUUUGACAAUCUCUGAUAGUCUUAUGCCCUAUUAAGUCUAGGCGCAGGCUUCAUUAUCUUCUCUUACAUCAAAGUUCUCAGCUUGGAUUCGGACUAUUGUUGAUUCGAUCGUUGGGAGAGUGGUAAUGGGGACUUUUUCUAUCAACAAUUGUCCAGUCUUGGCUAUUAAUAAUUAAUAGUGUCACCAGUGCCAGACCUACGAAGCUCAAACAAUUUAGAAGUCCCUUGUUGCUUCAGACCAUCAUGAAUUCUGGAUCACUCAAUAUGAAAGAAGAGCUUCAUGGAUGAUAUUUUAAGUGAAGGAGCAGGUGGUUAUGCUGUCUGAUAUGGUUUUCUAAUCAUGAUUAUUUAUUGGAAAGGAGGAAAUUUCAGUUUAUGUGAACUUCUUGAUCAAAAGUUUCUAUUAGUCAUUAUUAUCUAUUUCUAAGUUUAUGUUUGGUAUUAUAAAUGAGGAAAACCUAAUUUACAGGACUUCACUGGUAGUGUUAUUGUACUUUUGUUUCUCCAUAAAUUUGUGGUCUUAGCA